CGGGCAGCGCCCGGCGGGGCUGAGCCCCUGGCGAGGGGGCGGGGGACCGCACCUGGGGACGCCAUCGAAACUUACGCCUGGACUAGGAAUUACAAGGGUGACCUUUAUUCAGCUGUCUCCUUUUUGAUUCCCAUAACUUCUGGAUCUAUCAAGGGGAAGAAUGAAACAUUAUAAGCUAGUUUGUCAAGCAUCUCAGCAAUCUACUGUGGCAAUAAUCUGCUGCAACUCAGCUCUGCAAUGAUGGGGUCUGGUACACUUUAUGAUUGGUCAUAACAACAAAGACUGCUUACAUUAAAGGAGUUCCUUUUUUCAUGAAACUGAGCUUGCUUAAUCAGAGAUGGAGCAAACAGACUGCAAACCCUAUCAGCCUCUGCCAAAAGUCAAGCAUGAAAUGGACCUAGCUUAUACUAGUUCUUCCGAUGAGAGUGAAGAUGGAAGAAAACCAAGACAGUCAUACAACUCCAGAGAAACUCUGCAAGAGUAUAACCAAGAGCUGAGGAUGAAUUACAAUAGCCAGAAUAGGAAGAGGAAAGAAGUAGAGAAAUCUACUCAAGAGAUGGAAUUUUGUGACACCCCUCACACUCUGUGCUCUGGCUACCAGACAGACAUGCACAGUGUUUCUCGGCAUGCCUACCAGCUAGAGAUGGGGUCCGAUGUGGACACAGAGACAGAAGGUGCUGCCUCACCUGACCAUGCGCUGAGGAUGUGGAUAAGGGGGAUGAAGUCAGAGCAUAGUUCCUGUUUGUCCAGCCGGGCCAACUCCGCAUUGUCCUUGACUGACACUGACCAUGAAAGGAAGUCUGAUGGAGAGAAUGGUUUUAAAUUCUCUCCUGUUUGUUGUGACAUGGAGGCUCAAGCUGGGUCUACUCAAGACAUGCAGAGCAGCUCACACAACCAGUUCACCUUCAGACCCCUCCCGCCGCCGCCGCCGCCUCCGCAUGCCUGCACCUGCGCCAGGAAGCCGCCCCCUGCGGCUGACUCUCUCCAGAGGAGAUCAAUGACUACCCGCAGCCAGCCCAGCCCAGCCGCUCCAGCUCCCCCAACCAGUACACAGGAUUCAGUUCAUCUGCAUAACAGCUGGGUCUUGAAUAGCAACAUUCCGUUGGAGACCAGGCAUUUCCUGUUCAAACAUGGAUCUGGUUCCUCGGCCAUCUUCAGUGCAGCCAGUCAGAACUACCCUCUGACAUCCAAUACUGUGUACUCGCCUCCUCCCAGGCCACUUCCUCGAAGCACCUUUUCCAGACCUGCCUUUACCUUCAACAAACCCUACAGGUGCUGCAAUUGGAAGUGCACGGCCUUGAGCGCCACUGCGAUCACAGUGACUUUGGCCUUGUUACUAGCCUAUGUGAUUGCAGUACAUUUGUUCGGCCUGACUUGGCAGUUGCAACCAGCUGAAGGACAGCUCUAUGAAAAUGGAGUUAGCAAGGGGAACAGAGGGACUGAAUCCAUGGAUACCACUUACUCUCCAAUUGGAGGAAAAGUUUCCAAUAAAUCAGAGAAAAAAGUGUUUCAGAAGGGACGGGCAAUAGACACCGGAGAAGUUGACAUUGGUGCACAGGUCAUGCAGACCAUUCCACCUGGCUUAUUCUGGCGUUUCCAGAUUACUAUCCACCAUCCUAUAUAUCUGAAAUUCAAUAUUUCUUUGGCCAAGGACUCUCUGCUGGGAAUUUAUGGCAGAAGAAACAUUCCACCUACACAUACUCAGUUUGAUUUUGUAAAACUAAUGGAUGGAAAACAACUGGUCAAGCAGGACUCCAAGAGCUCUGAUGAUACUCAGCACUCCCCUCGGAACCUGAUCUUAACCUCACUGCAGGAAACAGGUUUCAUAGAGUAUAUGGACCAAGGGCCUUGGUAUCUGGCAUUUUACAAUGAUGGAAAAAAGAUGGAGCAAGUAUUUGUGUUAACUACAGCAAUUGAAAUAAUGGAUGACUGUUCGACCAAUUGCAAUGGAAAUGGAGAGUGUAUCUCUGGCCAUUGUCACUGCUUCCCAGGAUUCCUUGGGCCUGACUGUGCUAGAGAUUCGUGCCCUGUGCUGUGUGGUGGGAACGGAGAAUACGAGAAAGGACACUGUGUCUGCCGAAAUGGCUGGAAGGGGCCAGAGUGCGACGUUCCAGAAGAGCAAUGCAUUGACCCAACGUGCUUUGGCCACGGCACCUGCAUCAUGGGAGUCUGCAUCUGUGUGCCAGGAUACAAAGGAGAAAUAUGCGAGGAAGAGGACUGCUUAGACCCAAUGUGUUCUGGCCAUGGCAUCUGUGUGAAAGGAGAAUGUCACUGUUCUACUGGUUGGGGAGGAAUCAACUGUGAAACUCCACUUCCCUUAUGUCAAGAGCAGUGCUCAGGACACGGGACUUUUCUCCUGGACACUGGAACAUGCAGCUGCGAUCCCAAGUGGACAGGAUCUGACUGCUCAACAGAGCUCUGUACCAUGGAGUGUGGUAGCCAUGGAGUCUGCUCAAGGGGAAUUUGCCAAUGCGAAGAAGGUUGGGUAGGACCAACAUGUGAAGAACGCUCCUGUCAUUCUCAUUGUGCUGAGCAUGGCCAAUGCAAAGAUGGAAAAUGUGAGUGUAGCCCUGGAUGGGAGGGCGACCACUGCACAAUCGCUCACUACUUAGAUGCUGUCCGAGAUGGCUGCCCGGGGCUCUGCUUUGGAAAUGGGCGAUGUACCCUAGAUCAAAAUGGUUGGCACUGUGUGUGUCAGGUGGGUUGGAGUGGGACAGGCUGCAAUGUUGUCAUGGAAAUGCUUUGUGGAGAUAACUUGGACAAUGAUGGAGAUGGUUUGACUGACUGUGUGGACCCCGAUUGUUGUCAACAAAGCAACUGUUAUGUAAGUCCUCUCUGCCAAGGCUCACCAGAUCCUCUUGACCUCAUUCAGCAAAGCCAACCGCUCUUCUCUCAGCACACUUCAAGACUCUUCUAUGAUCGAAUCAAAUUCCUCAUUGGCAAGGACAGUACUCAUGUCAUUCCUCCAGAGAUCUCAUUUGACAGCAGGCGUGCUUGUGUGAUUCGAGGCCAAGUGAUGGCUGCAGAUGGAACCCCUCUAGUAGGGGUGAAUGUUAGUUUCUUGCACCACAGUGAUUAUGGGUUUACCAUCAGCCGGCAAGAUGGAAGCUUUGACCUCGUAGCUGUCGGUGGUAUCUCUGUCGUCUUAAUCUUUGAUCGGUCACCUUUCCUACCUGAGAAGAGGACACUCUGGUUGCCUUGGAAUCAGUUUAUUGUGGUGGAGAAAGUGACCAUGCAGAGAGUUGUAUCAGACCCACCAUCCUGCGAUAUCUCCAACUUUAUCAGCCCAAACCCUAUUGUGCUUCCUUCACCACUCACAUCAUUUGGAGGGUCCUGUCCAGAGAGGGGAACUAUCGUUCCUGAGCUGCAGGUUGUACAGGAGGAGAUCCCCAUUCCUUCCAGCUUUGUGAGGCUGAGUUACCUAAGCAGCCGCACCCCCGGGUAUAAAACCCUGCUACGGAUCCUUUUAACGCAUUCAACCAUUCCCGUGGGGAUGAUAAAAGUACACCUCACAGUAGCUGUGGAAGGGCGACUCACACAGAAGUGGUUUCCUGCUGCAAUUAAUCUUGUCUACACAUUUGCUUGGAACAAGACCGACAUCUAUGGACAGAAGGUUUGGGGCCUGGCAGAGGCUUUGGUGUCUGUGGGAUAUGAAUAUGAAAUGUGCCCUGACUUUAUUCUCUGGGAAAAAAGGACUGUUAUCUUACAAGGUUUCGAGAUGGAUGCUUCUAACCUAGGAGGCUGGUCAUUGAAUAAGCAUCAUAUUUUGAAUCCUCAAAGUGGAAUCAUACAUAAAGGGAAUGGAGAAAAUAUGUUCAUUUCCCAGCAGCCUCCAGUCAUAUCAACCAUAAUGGGUAAUGGACACCAACGGAGUGUUGCCUGCACCAACUGCAAUGGCCUCGCCCACAACAACAAACUCUUUGCGCCCGUUGCCUUAGCUUCUGGCCCUGAUGGUAGUGUGUAUGUUGGUGACUUCAAUUUUGUAAGGCGAAUAUUCCCCUCGGGAAACUCCGUUAGUAUUUUGGAAUUAAGAAACAGAGAUACCAGACAUAGCACAAGUCCUGCUCACAAAUACUAUCUGGCUAUGGACCCUGUGUCUGAAUCACUUUAUCUAUCAGACACCAAUACCCGAAAAGUCUACAAGUUGAAAUCUCUUGUGGAAACAAAAGAUUUGUCCAAGAAUUUUGAAGUGGUGGCAGGAACAGGAGAUCAGUGCCUUCCCUUUGACCAGAGUCACUGUGGAGAUGGAGGGAGAGCAUCGGAAGCUUCACUGAACAGCCCUCGAGGCAUCACAGUUGAUAGGCAUGGAUUCAUUUACUUUGUGGAUGGGACUAUGAUUCGGAGAAUUGAUGAGAAUGCUGUGAUCACAACUGUAAUCGGCUCAAACGGUCUGACUUCCACACAACCACUGAGCUGUGACUCGGGAAUGGACAUCACUCAGGUGCGAUUAGAGUGGCCAACAGACCUUGCAGUCAAUCCCUUGGACAAUUCAUUGUAUGUCUUGGAUAACAACAUUGUGCUUCAAAUUUCUGAGAACAGGCGAGUGCGGAUCAUUGCAGGGCGCCCCAUUCACUGCCAGGUGCCAGGCAUCGAUCAUUUCUUGGUCAGCAAGGUAGCAAUUCACUCCACUCUGGAGUCGGCAAGGGCCAUCAGCGUCUCCCACAGCGGGCUGCUCUUCAUAGCUGAAACAGACGAGAGGAAAGUAAACCGCAUUCAGCAAGUUACCACCAAUGGGGAGAUCUCCAUCAUGGCUGGUGCCCCCACUGACUGUGACUGCAAAAUUGAUCCCAACUGUGACUGUUUUUCAGGUGAUGGUGGCUAUGCCAAAGAUGCAAAGAUGAAAGCCCCUUCCUCCUUAGCAGUGUCACCUGAUGGUACCCUCUACGUGGCAGACCUUGGGAAUGUUCGAAUUCGUACCAUUAGCAGGAACCAAGCCCACUUGAAUGACAUGAACGUUUAUGAGAUUGCAUCACCCGCUGAUCAGGAACUGUACCAGUUCACUGUCAAUGGAACCCACCUGCACACCUUGAACUUGAUAACGAGGGACUAUGUGUAUAAUUUCACCUACAAUGCCGAAGGCGACUUGGGUGCGAUUACCAGCAACAACGGCAAUUCUGUGCACAUUCGCCGAGACGCAAGCGGGAUGCCCCUUUGGCUUGUGGUGCCUGGCGGGCAGGUGUACUGGCUGACCAUAAGCAGCAACGGAGUCCUGAAAAGAGUGUCAGCCCAAGGCUACAAUCUGGCCUUGAUGACCUAUCCAGGAAACACGGGGCUUCUGGCUACCAAAAGUAACGAAAAUGGAUGGACGACCGUUUAUGAGUAUGACCCCGAGGGGCAUCUGACCAAUGCAACGUUUCCCACUGGAGAGGUCAGCAGCUUCCACAGUGACCUGGAGAAGCUGACAAAAGUGGAGCUAGAUACUUCCAACCGCGAAAACGUCCUCAUGUCAACCAAUUUGACAGCAACUAGUACCAUAUAUAUUUUAAAACAAGAAAAUACCCAGAGUACCUAUCGGGUGAGUCCAGACGGCUCCCUACGUGUCACUUUUGCCAGCGGGAUGGAGAUCAGCCUCAGCUCAGAGCCCCACAUCCUGUCCGGGGCGGUCAACCCCACCCUGGGCAAAUGCAACAUCUCACUGCCCGGAGAGCACAGCGCCAACCUCAUCGAGUGGCGGCAGCGGAAAGAGCAGAACAAAGGCAACAUCUCGGCUUUUGAAAGGAGGCUGAGGGCCCAUAACAGAAACCUGCUCUCCAUAGAUUUUGAUCAUAUGACUCGCACAGGAAAGAUCUAUGACGACCAUCGGAAAUUCACCCUUCGAAUUCUUUAUGACCAGACUGGACGACCUGUUCUGUGGUCUCCUGUAAGCAGAUAUAAUGAAGUGAAUAUCACAUAUUCACCUUCAGGAUUGGUGACGUUUAUUCAACGAGGGACAUGGAAUGAAAAAAUGGAAUAUGACCAGAGUGGAAAAAUAAUUUCAAGAACUUGGGCUGAUGGGAAAAUUUGGAGCUAUACCUACUUAGAAAAGUCUGUGAUGCUUCUCUUACAUAGCCAGCGGCGUUAUAUCUUUGAGUAUGACCAAUCGGAUUGUCUGCUCUCAGUCACCAUGCCUAGUAUGGUGCGCCACAGUUUACAAACCAUGCUUUCAGUGGGCUACUACCGGAACAUCUACUCCCCACCAGACAGUAGCACUUCUUUUAUCCAAGACUAUAGUCGAGAUGGCCGACUACUACAGACCCUGCAGCUGGGGACAGGGCGCAGAGUUUUAUACAAGUACACCAAGCAAGCAAGGCUGUCUGAGAUCCUCUAUGAUACCACCCAGGUCACAUUAACAUAUGAAGAGUCGUCUGGAGUGAUUAAGACAAUACACCUGAUGCACGAUGGCUUCAUUUGCACAAUCAGAUACAGGCAAACAGGACCUCUUAUUGGGCGCCAGAUUUUCAGAUUCAGUGAAGAAGGCCUUGUGAAUGCUCGGUUUGACUACAGCUACAACAACUUCCGUGUCACCAGCAUGCAAGCUGUGAUAAAUGAAACCCCUUUGCCCAUAGAUCUGUACCGAUAUGUCGAUGUCUCUGGUAGAACAGAGCAGUUUGGAAAAUUCAGUGUAAUUAAUUACGAUUUAAAUCAGGUCAUAACUACUACAGUGAUGAAGCACACCAAGAUCUUCAGCGCCAAUGGACAAGUCAUUGAAGUCCAGUAUGAAAUCCUAAAGGCAAUUGCCUACUGGAUGACUAUUCAAUAUGAUAAUAUGGGCCGAAUGGUAAUAUGUGAUAUCAGAGUAGGAGUAGAUGCCAAUAUAACAAGAUAUUUCUAUGAAUACGAUGCUGAUGGGCAACUUCAAACUGUUUCUGUAAAUGAUAAAACCCAGUGGCGUUAUAGUUAUGAUCUGAAUGGCAACAUCAACCUCUUAAGCCACGGGAAUAGUGCUCGUCUUACUCCUCUCCGAUAUGACCUCCGAGAUCGCAUCACCAGACUAGGAGAAAUUCAGUAUAAAAUGGAUGAAGAUGGCUUUCUGAGGCAGAGGGGAAAUGACAUAUUCGAAUAUAAUUCUAAUGGUCUGCUGCAGAAAGCCUACAAUAAGGCUUCUGGCUGGACUGUGCAGUAUUACUACGACGGGCUUGGGCGACGUGUCGCCAGUAAGUCCAGCCUAGGACAGCACCUCCAGUUCUUUUAUGCAGACCUUGCCAACCCCAUAAGAGUUACUCAUUUGUACAACCACACGAGCUCAGAGAUUACAUCCCUGUAUUAUGAUCUCCAAGGUCACCUUAUUGCCAUGGAGCUAAGCAGUGGUGAAGAAUAUUACGUAGCCUGUGAUAAUACAGGAACCCCGCUAGCCGUGUUCAGCAGUCGAGGUCAGGUGAUAAAAGAGAUACUGUACACGCCUUAUGGAGAUAUCUAUCAUGACACUUACCCUGACUUUCAGGUCAUCAUUGGUUUUCAUGGAGGACUCUAUGAUUUCCUUACUAAAUUAGUGCACCUGGGGCAAAGAGACUAUGAUGUUGUUGCUGGUAGAUGGACGACGCCUAAUCAUCACAUAUGGAAACAGUUGAACCUCCUUCCUAAACCAUUCAACCUCUACUCUUUUGAAAAUAACUAUCCAGUUGGCAAAAUUCAAGAUGUUGCAAAGUAUACCACAGACAUUGGAAGUUGGUUGGAGCUAUUUGGUUUCCAACUACACAAUGUACUACCUGGAUUUCCCAAACCAGAAUUAGAAAAUUUGGAAUUAACUUAUGAGCUUCUACAGCUUCAGACAAAAACUCAAGAGUGGGAUCCUGGAAAGACCAUCCUGGGUAUCCAGUGUGAGCUCCAGAAACAGCUCAGGAAUUUCAUUUCCUUGGACCAACUUCCUAUGACUCCCCGAUAUAAUGAUGGACGGUGCCUUGAAGGAGGGAAGCAACCAAGGUUUGCGGCUGUUCCUUCUGUUUUCGGCAAAGGUAUAAAAUUCGCCAUCAAGGAUGGCAUAGUAACAGCCGAUAUUAUAGGAGUAGCCAAUGAAGAUAGCAGGCGGCUGGCUGCCAUUCUCAAUAAUGCUCAUUACCUGGAAAACCUACAUUUUACCAUAGAGGGGAGGGACACGCACUACUUCAUCAAGCUUGGGUCUCUGGAGGAAGACCUGGUGCUCAUCGGUAACACUGGGGGGAGGCGCAUUCUGGAGAAUGGUGUCAAUGUCACUGUGUCCCAGAUGACUUCGGUGUUGAAUGGGAGGACUAGACGGUUUGCAGAUAUCCAGCUCCAGCACGGGGCUCUGUGCUUCAACAUCCGGUAUGGGACAACUGUCGAAGAGGAAAAGAAUCACGUGUUGGAGAUCGCCAGACAGCGUGCUGUGGCCCAGGCCUGGACUAAGGAACAAAGAAGGCUGCAAGAAGGGGAAGAGGGUAUCCGGGCAUGGACAGAGGGGGAAAAGCAGCAGCUAAUGAGCACUGGGAGAGUACAAAGUUAUGAUGGCUAUUUUGUUUUGUCUGUUGAGCAGUAUUUAGAACUUUCUGACAGUGCCAACAAUAUUCACUUUAUGAGACAGAGCGAAAUAGGCAGGAGGUAACAAAAAAAAUCUCUGCCUUUGCGUCACCAAAGACUGCCUGUUUUUAAAACAUAAAAUGGUUUAUUGUAUUGGUUUUCUAGAUCAGAACUCUGUAUAUGUAAAUAUGGAGGAAAAACAUAUCCAACUGCCUUUCAAUGUGACGGAAGAUGGUAUUUUAAUAUUGUUUGUUUAAACUCUUUAAGAAAUGACAGAGAUUUUUAGUUCUUGUGUGGCAGUAUUCAAAAUAACACAAGUAGAACUCAAACAACUAAAAAAAAUUUUUCAGCAAGCACCGCUUUCAAUUUGUGGAGCCAUGCAGAUGUUCAACUAUAAAGAAAGAACCCAAGGUUCUCUAUGUCUAUUGUGACACGUGGUUUCAUAUUCAGCUUUUGGCAGAACUUGCGGGCUAUUUGAAAGGUGGUGCAAUCAUAUCUGAACCUUGCAUUUCAAAAGACUGCCAGCUCUUUCACGUGUUCCAGAUCUGUUAUAGGAAACUUUGAAAGAAGUGUAAAAUGUCCUUGGCCACCAUCUCCUAGAGUCAGGACCCAUUUGCCCUUCGUCCCUGAUGAUUCCUCCUUGCUUGCUGAAAUAGAUGCCAUGUUGUUGUGCUGUGUUUUGGCGUGUGGUGGCUGGGUUCUGUCUACCACACUUCCCUGUGGGUGUGGUCACUAAACCCAAUUGCCACUAUUUGCUCGUGUGUACAUGAUACCAAGGCAGCUGGCCAAUGUAACUCCUCCCACCCAACUUGUUUUGACUACAUUUUGUACUCAGUUGUCCAGCUGUAUUGGUGUCAUGAAAACAUAGCUUUUAUUAACCUGGGUAGGAAUUUCUCAUUUAUAUAUAGGGUGUGUUUUGGUCAUAGUUUCACAUUCGUGAUUCAGUAUUUAUACACUAAUCCAAUGGUUUUGUGCACAUGAAAGGUAAUUUACUACAAAGUGUGAUUCUGGUACAAAAAAAAUAGGCUUUCACAGGCAAACAUGCCUGGGAUGCCGACACAUUACACUCACUACUACUGCAGAAAUUCACAAGAGCCAAAACCUUAAAAAAAAAAAAGAAAUAGACAUAGUACUAAGGUGAAAGGAAAGUACGAAAGGGAAGACCAAACUAAACAUCACGGGAAGUUGCUGCCACAUUGUUUCACCCCACUUAGAUUUAUCUUUCAAAUGUGCAAUUCUGUAUUGAACAUCUCCCAGCCAUAGUCAGGAAAUUUAAUUAAGUGAGCCCUUUCCAACCUAAAACAUUUCAACUAAUUAUAGAGAGGCAGACUAUUUUUUACUAAGAUAAUUUAUAUGGUUAGUUAUUUUAGUUCUCUGUCUUUGCCCAUUUAUUUUUGAUUUAAUCAUCUCUCCUGCCUAGGAAAAUAGCUAUUUUCCAGGAAGGGUUAUUUUGUUGUACGAUCAUUUAAAAUGCAGAAAAAGAUCAGGAUUAGUGUUAAUAUCAGCUGCAGUUUCUCAAUCUGUAUGAAUCCUGUCGUAAAAGAAGCCCCUGGUGAGCUGGGAGUUUUGUGCCCAGUGACAAAGAGACAGUUUGUAAACUGCUGUGCAAUUGUAAGUUACCACAAAUGAAAAUAUAGGACAGCACAAUGUGGCCUGUGGAAAAUUCUCCUGAGCCAGCUUCAGCACUUUCAUCACCAGGUCUGGACACUCACUAUGUCUGAAGGAGAAUUUAUGAUGGAAUAUCGCAGUUUGGAUUCUUUCCAGCCACUACCUAAAUGUAGUGUGGGGUCGUUGCCUUGCUUUGUGAUGACAGUCUUUUCUGAAAAUAUGCAAAGUCAGAAUCCAGGCUCACAUUAAGGUUUGUAAAGAGUCUGGCUCCUAACUACACAAAGUAGAGUGAGAGAAAGGCAAGGGCCCACUGACAGUAGGGGAGGGUGUAUCCAAACAUUUCAUUUUCAAAACCUUCAGGUUGGGAUCACACAUGUAUUCCAAGAGAGAGAAGGAAUUCAUGAUGAACUCAUAUUGGGGAUUUUUUUCCCUGAAUCAGGCCUGUGUUAAUGGUAUAGUAUUUAUUCAGGACAGGAUCUAAAAUUACUAGCAAACCUGAUGAAAAUUUGAAUACCUCCACACCAGCCUAAAAAUGGACCUUAAGUUCCUAGAACCUCUGAUGUUCUUUUAAAUCAAUGGAAAAAUAACUUAUGAACUGUAUAUAAAGAGUGCAUUCAUAAAUGUGAUGAUGUAUUUUAUCACUAAUCCAAGAUGUCAAUAUUAGAGUCUAUUUUGCUUAUACUUUAAGCGAUUAUACUUUUUUGCAAUUCACUGAUGAGGUAUCAUUUUCAAACUGCUUUAAAUAUCCAUUAGAAACAAGUAUUUGAAGCUUUUACUUAAGAGUAAUUACCAUGAACUGUGCAUUUCUAGUUUGAAAUACAUAUUUAUUUAAUUUGUGCCUUUCGUUUCUUAAAGUUAUAUUUGUAUUAUAUGCAGAAAAUGCACUUUUUAUCACUUAGAGCUGUGGUUUUAAUACUGCCUUGAACUAUUACUGUUCUCCUUACCACUUCCAAAGUUUUUUUAGGAGGAAAGAGAAAAAAGCCCAAAAGGUUAGCACUAAUGAGUAGUAAAUCUAAGAGAAACAUUUUGGCAUUUCUUAAUAAGAACAUGGAGAUGUUGAGUACAUCACUUCCUAUUCAUGUGAAUACAAAGAAUGCCUUUAUUGACUUGUAGUUCUGAAGUUUAAAUUAAUGAAAGAACAAUUCAUUUGUAUUUCUUGAUGAAAGUUAAAGCAUUUUAAAGAGAAAUAUAUGAAUUUCUCAUACCCAGAAGACAGGUGGCCGACACUACACAGCCACACACCAUUCAAGUAAGUUCAAGUGAGAGCACAGCAGUUGGGCUCUCCUAUGAAGAAUAUUCUGGGCUGGAGGCAGGGAAUACUCCGUGGUUGUUUCUUUUUCCUAGUUAGGCCCAUUUUAUUUGUGCUUUUUUUGUUUUAUUUUGUUUUGACUCUUGCACUACAGUCUAGAGAUCCAAAUGAGCUGAAAAGUUCACAGUUGAACAGACAUUUAAAUAUAUUUAUUUUUAGUUGUCAUUCUAAUCAUUACGGAUUAGAAGCAUGAUUCCUGAAGGAAAGGGAAAUAAAGCCCAAUUCAUACUAAUUUUUAGUAAAACACUCACCAUAUAAAUAGGCAUAUGUUUUAUUUUUAACCCAACAAAAUAAUGUAUAAAAUAAGCGUGUCCUUUACUGUCAAUUUAUCUAGAAGAUCUAUAAUAUAUAGACUAUAUAUAUAAUAUAAUAUAUUACAACAUAGCCAAAUGUAUGAAAACUUAACGAUGUAUAAUUUGGAAUUCACAUGCUAUGUAGAGAGGUAUACAAUUAGUUCUAAUUUUUGUAAGAUUGUUCUUUUUCAUUACUGUUGACACAGUUUCAAGCAUCCGAUCAUGUUGUUUCUACUUUUUUUCCUCUCUUUCCUUUUUUUAAAAAAGUUUUUAACCAGACCAGGCCCUACUGUAAUAGCACCUAAGAGAGUCAGGGCAAAGUUUUUGCAUUUAUAAAGAUAUGUUCCUGUAAGGGCAACUGUAAUGGAGUUCAGUGGUAAUGGAAGCAAAAGUACAGUAAUCAAGUAUUGAAAGGAACUUUUGGAGAGACUGGAGUGUAUUAUAGCUUGUGGGAAAACAGAAGGCUACAGAUUGGAUGCAACGUUCUUGUGUUCUUAGAGGAACUCACAUACACAUAGCUGACCUGAAUAGUACUUCAGAUCUCAGACUGCUCUUCCACAGCCUUCUGUACGGUUCUUUAUUCUGCAAAAAAACAAAAACAAAAACAAAAAAACAAAAAAAGAAAAAAACCAGAAAAUAACAAACAACAACAAAAAAGAAUUCAACCACAAAAUAGUGACUGUUUCAGUGUGUCCUUCACGUGAAAGCUAUUAAGGACCAAAUAUACUACUGUGUGUAAGAAGAAAUUACUUCCUAAACAGUAACUGAAAAUAGUUAGAGUUAAACUUGCUGUGGAUUUUGUCUUGGCAGUUGUCAUCUUACAUUAUUUGUCAAAGGAAACGUGUUUGGCAGUUAAAAAAUCUUUCCUUAGAUUUAGUGGUGGACUUUAACCUCUUAAAUAAAUGUUAGUAUAUCAGAUUGUGUCCUUGAAAAUAUUUUACUUGUAUGAUUCAUGACAAUGUCUAAAUCUUUACUAUUCUUCUGGCAAAAGCAUCAGUUAGAAAGAAGGUGAAAAAGAGAAGUAUAGCCUUUACGUCAGAAAAAUAUUCUUUUUAGCUGCUUACUUUCUCAUGAGAAGUAAAGAUGUUUACAGGGUAUGCCAAGAUUUUCAGUUUCUAUAUAACAACAGUUAGAAGUUCUAAUCAUACAGGAAAUUGUGUUAUAAUGGCCUCAGCCAUGUUGCUAGGAAACAAUAGGUUCCAGUUUUGUAUUCCUGCUCUCAAUCCUGUGCUGAAAAGUGACUGGAUACUAUACAGGUUCAUGUUCUCUGGCUGCAGUUAAAUGGUCUUUUGCAUUUUGCUCUGGCUUUCAGGCCAGAAGCAUGCAUUUUUCUACAAGAGCAUCACAACAACAUGCUGUAAAUAUUUAAAGUUAAACAUUAUGUGUCGAUAUUUGAAAGAAAAAAGUACUUUGAAUAUUUCAUUUUUAAAAAAUAAA